AUGAAGCAAUUUGGGGUGACGAGUAAGAAUGAAGAAAUUAACGGUUCGGUAUCGGAGAGUUAUAGUUUUGGGGGGAAGGGUGUGAGGGAGACGAGAACAUGGUACUUACGACUUAUGUGUCUUGUGGUUUCUUGUCUGAGUUCAAUCACCCUGGAAGUUGGGGCACGAUCGCCGCUUGGGCACUCUGUGACAAAGUCGACGGCGUUCAGUGCGAUAUUUCGGCGGUCGUACAACGUCAUAAUCAAGAUCACAAUGGGAAGAUUCGUCUCCGCAGUUUUAUCAACAAUUCUGUUGACAAUCGGUGAAAAGCACAGAAUACCAUUCCUCUAUUUUCCGUGGAUGUUCAAUACACUCACGGGAAUUUUCUUUUACGAGGCACCUACCCUCCUGAGAUGGACGUACAAUCAGAUACCCUAUGUAUUCGUCCCUGCCACAACCUUCGCUUUUAUAACCCUCAUUCUAUUCGUGGAACAACUUUUUCACUGGUGUGACGUUUUUGCGAGCUUUAUGGAAGCCUGGGUGGAAUACAUCCAUCGUAAGAGGGUGAGAGCUGUUGAUGAGAUUGGAAAUAUGCAAAAUCAAGAGAAAAACGAUGGACUCGUUGGGAACGGGGUAUUGCAUGAAUUGGUAAAUGGAGUAACUUUCAACUCAAAGAAUAAUGCAAGACGUGUUAAAAGUUUGACGAAUCUAAUUUAUACAAAUGAGAAAGAGAAAAUUGGAUAA